GGCGACGUUGUUCAAGUUAACCUCUACUAAAUAGAAAUCAUUGCGACGGUAUCGGCAUAUAUUUCUAUUCAGUACAUUAUAUGUUAUCGUCCCUCUGAAUAAUCACCUGCUGCUCAGCCGCCUGCGGUUACACUUGGUGUUACGGCGUCGGCACGAUAUCAGACGACCAGGUCGACUCCACCUCCAUCGAAAACACCAAGCCUGGCAGGCAGUAUCUUAAAAACCUUUGUUAAUUAAUACAGUCUCGAGAUGACGUCCUUUUUCCGAGAUGCAGCGGCGAGGCCGGGCUAUGAGCCUGUAUUGACCGAAGAUGGCGAUGCUGAACCAACGCAACAACCAGUCGCUGAGGAGGAAGAGGAAGCCCCUGGCACCGCAAGGAAGAGGGCCGCGACAAUAAUAUUGACAAUUGUUAUAAUCUGCUUAACCUUUUUACUGAUCAUUGCAGCAGCUGUUGCCUGGGCGCGAUCUCGCCCCGGGGAUCAUACACUUCCCUGCCAGCGUACGGUGGCGGGUGAAAUUAACAAUGGCUAUCAAUGCCACCCUGAGAUCUCACACCAUUGGGGCCAAUACUCCCCUUAUUUCACAGUGCCUUCUGAAAUAUCGGCAGACACCCCAGCAUCUUGCGAAAUAACAUUCGUUCAAAUGCUGGCUCGUCACGGUGCCAGAUAUCCUACGUUCACAAAGGCGAUCCUGUACAAGAAACUUGUUGGUCAUGUCCUCACAACUGUCGGGAACAUUGAGGGGAAGCUUGAGGGGAAAUACGAGUUUCUUAGAUCCUAUAAAUGGAGAAGCGCCGCCGACAAGUUAACUAUUGUGGGCAUACAGCAGCUGACUAACAUGGGAUACAAACAUUAUCAGCGCUAUCAGUCUCUGGCCAAAGAUACAAUCCCCUUCAUACGAAGUACCGACCAAGAUCGUAUGAUGGCCUCUGCUCUUUGGUGGAUGGAAGGCUUUGAAAUAGCACGACAGGAGGACCCUGAGCAUAUUGGGCCAGACUACGACGAGGGUUACCCUGCCCUCCUAAUUCCCGAGCGUCCUGACUUCAACAACACUCUGAGCCAUGACCUCUGCACCUCCUUCGAGUCAGGACCAUUCUCCCACGGUGGCUUAGAUGCCCAAUCCGUGUUCGCGGCGACCUUUGUCCCGCCAAUUCAGGCCCGCAUCAACGAGGAUCUGAAGGGUGUCAACUUGACUUCGAGAGAGAUCAUAUACCUGAUGGAUGUGUGUCCUUUUGGCACUGUUGAUCCUGAUGAUGUGCCUAGCCAGUAUGAGGCGCCUCUGUCGCCCUUCUGCCAUAUCUUCACCACGUCCGAGUGGCGCUCUUACGAGUACUAUCAAUCACUAGGCAAAUUCUAUGGAUUCGCACAAGGGAACCCCAUGGGGCCUACGCAAGGUGUCGGAUUUGCGAACGAGCUCGUUGCACGGCUGACGAACAGCCCUGUUGUUGACCACACCAGCACGAAUUCCACCCUGGACGGCUCACAUAAAACAUUCCCCAUCGACAAGAAUACAACAAUGUUUGCGGAUUUCAGCCAUGACAACGACAUGAUGGCCAUCUACGCAGCGCUUGGACUUCUCAAUGGCACGAAGGCGUUGGAUAAGGAGAACUUGCAGACCAUAGACGAGACUAAUGGUUAUUCGACGAGCCGGAUGGUGCCGUUUGGAGCCCGUGCGUAUUUUGAGAAGAUGCGCUGUGGAGGGCAAGACGAGGAGCUCGUGAGAGUCCUGAUUAAUGACCGUGUGAUACCCCUUCAAAAUUGCGGCGUCGAUAGCCUUGGACGCUGCAAAUUAGGCGCAUUCGUUGAUAGUUUGACAUUCCCACAACACGAUGGACAUUGGGAUCAAUGUUUUGAAUAGCGUAGCAGCAUGAGUUUGUUCAAUGCUUAAUUUAUACUUCUAUCG